UAUAGACGCCAAACUCAAAAAUAUUUUGCUUAUAAGUUCUAAUUCGGAUUAAAAUAAAUGGAGCAACAGUAUAAACUAUUAAAUGCACAGCUGAUGCAUGAAAUACAGAAGCAACGUAAGAUUAUUGGCGAACUUCAAAGGAGUGAAGUAAUGCUCAAAAGGCAAUUGCUCGAAGAGCGAGAAAAACACCUAAGCGACGCUCAAUAUCAAGAGACUAAAUUAAAAUGUGCCAUUAAAAAGAUGCUAUAUAGUUUGGAUUUGAACUCAGAAUUUGAUAUAGAUGUCGCAGUCAACACUAAUUCGCAAAGACACAGCCGCUUUAGUAGUAGUCAAGCCUCUGCCGAACUGCGCCGAUCCAGGCUAGUACAUCGUAGUUCACUUCCCACUUCGCCUAUUAGACGCUCCAGCUUACCAAGUGCCAGCGAUAUACAAGAUCCUGAGCAGACUGUAACAACAGCACAACCGACUGCAGAAAAAUCUCCAAGGGACAUGCCGCGUCCGCGGUAUGUAUCAGAGCUAUUGUUAACCUGUGACUCGUCAGAUCCACCAACAUCACCAGAUACAUCGAGAGCCGAAACACAACAAGCAUCGCGCACCUCGACCUCACCUGAAGAAUCGGCUACCCAAAUAGAGCAAACAUCACCAGAAUUAGUGGGAGUUGAAAUAGAGCCAGAUUUAGAUACACCGAAGUUACCCGGUAUAUAUUCAAUUAUUGAAGAGAAUGACGAGGACGAGACGCUAUCCUCCAGCUUCGAAGAAAGUCGUACGCUUCUGAUCAACAGUAGUAUUGAAGCAUCGCCAUUGCCACCAACCGAAAUCAUAACAACAGUAACUGUACGGCGUGGCCCAACGCCGCGCUUUUGUCAAGAUGCUGUGGAGCUAGUUGAUUUGGAGCAGAGCAUACCACAAGUGCGGCGUGCCACUGAGCGCUCACCUAUGCGAAUCUCGAUACCAGACAUUACAUCAAAUUCAACGCCGCGACGUAGUAUUUUUGAUCAGAGCCUUGUGUCUCGUCAGGGUGCUUGCAGUACACCACAUCAAGCAGAAUCUUGCACUAGCAAUUCAACAAAAUCAAAACGCGGUCGACCUAGAAAGAAUGGCAGCAGUACACAACAUCAGGCGGAGCCAACGCCUCGCGCGAGUAAUGCAACAAAAUCAAAACGCGGGCGACCAAGGAAAAGCCAAUGUUCCAGCUCCAGUGUCAGCGACAGAGAGGCUUCCAUUAGUAUCAGUCAACUACCGAGUCGAAACUGUCGCCCAACUUCGAUGAUAGAUAGAGACAUAAAAUCGAAAUUAAGAAACGACACGGGCGCUAAUUUAAAAACUUAACUCCGCUCUGGUCUAAGAACAAUACAGAAGUAAGCAAAUAAGAUUGAUUAGAUUACUACAGCAUAGAAAACUAAACGUAAAUCGUCAAAAAUAUUAUAAUUGAUUUAGAGAUGCGUAAAAUUAUAUAAAAUUCUUU